AUGGUUCACACCACACCCACCACCCUCCUGGCCCUAACAGGCCUAGCUGCCACAGCUACAGCCUACAAGCAUACAUGGAGGGACCACAUGAAGUGCGCAGCUGCUGUAGCCCAGGAUGCGGAUUACCCAACCUGCACCUCACCCUCCAAGUUUUACUGCUUCUGCGCGCAGCCAUUCGAUCCGAGCAAAAUAAGCAGUGCAGCAAGAGAUGUGUGCGAGGGAUUUGGAAUCCCAACGGAGUCUAUACACAGGUUCAUCUGCGACGGCGACGGCCAUUGGGAUGAUGACGAUGUGUAUGAUCGGGACCAUGGCUACCACCAUAACUGCCACCAUGCCUUCGCUUACGACGAUGACGAUGGCAACGACGAUGACAGAGACAGAUAUGGAUAUCGCAUCUCCCAUCCCCACCGCCUCAGCCACCCCAACAUGCGUGUUGCCGCUCCGGAGAGUGAGACCGGGUCCUCAAACACAGCUAAACACAGCCCCAACGUCCAGAGCAAGAGGGCGUACGCUCCAGGUCUCUCCCCUUCCGCCUCCUCCUCGGCCUCUGCCAACCGCGCACUCGUCACUGACGCCCCGUCCGCCCUUGACGAAGACAGCGACUACGAGGACGGCAACGAGCAGGGGUUCAGGGUCAUCACGGAGGUCCUCACGCAUACAUCGUGCGACUGUUCGUCGUCGACCGUAGCGGCUGCGACGGGCAGGAUGUCGAGUCGACCGGCGUAUGUUCACCAGAGCGCGGUUCCUGUUUUGUCUUCGUCGUCGGUGCAUACGCGCGUUUACCAGACUGUGGUUCCGGUGUCGUCUCCGUCGUCAACGCACGUGCAGCUUCACCAGACCGUGGUCCCUGCUGUAUCGUCAUCGACAGCGCACGCGCAUCUUCAUCAGGCUAUGGUCCCUGUCUCGUCUUUGUCGUCAUCACACAUGUAUGUUCACCAGACAGCAAUUCCUGCUGCAUCUUCGCCGAGUCGACCGGCGCACCUUCACCAGGCCAUGGUCCCCGUUUCUUCGUCGUCGACGCAUGCGCACGUUCCUCAGACCACGAUUCCUGUUUCAUCUUCGUCGAGUCGACCGGCGCACCUUCACCAGGCCAUGGUACCUGCUGCAUCUUCGUCGUCGGCGCACGCGCACGCUCACCACAGCGCAAUCCCCGUGGCAACUUCUUCAUCAGCGCAUGUGCAUGUUCAUCAGGACAUGAUACCCGUGUCGUCUUCAUCAUCAGCGCAUGCGCAUGUUUAUCAGACCGGGGUCCCCGGUUCUUCAUCGUCGACGCACAUGCACCUUCAUGAGAGCGCGAUUCCAAAGCCAACUUCGUCAUCAGCACAUGCGCAUGUUCAUCAGGCUGUGGUUCCUGUUGCAUCCUUGUCGAGCCAACCGGCGCACCUUCACCAGGCCGCGAUUCCCAUUCCAUCAUCAUCAGUAUCGGCAUCGAGUACAUUGGUUAGAUCGCAUGCGCAUGCGCAUGUCCAUGCGCCUGCAUCUAUGUACGUCUCGGUGCCUGCGCCCACAGGUGUUGAUGCGCAGCGGAGCGGGUAUCCCAGUCAUCACAAGUCGAUGGAUUCGUAUUUCAUGGUGCCGUCGGCGUCGCCUUCCCCCUCGCCUGCGGCAAUGACGUUUGAUGGGGGCGCGGCGGUGGGGGUGCUUGUGCCGAGUUCGGUGGUUGUGCUUGGGUUGACUGCGUUAAUGGCGUUCUUUAUGUGA